AUGAAACAAUAAAAAUGGGCUAAUUUCAUUGAAGAAUUAGGAGAAUCUAAGUACGAAGAGUUGAAUGAAAAACAUCUAAAGUCUAUUGUCAAGUUGCCAAAAGAAAAAAUGACAUUUCUUGAAUUAUAACAUUAUUUAAGCAAUGACUUUUAAGUGCUUUUUAAUGAGGAUAGCACAAGAAGUAAGUGGCAUUAGAAAGAUUAAUAUUUGCUGAUUUGGUGUGUUGUUAAAUUAGUAGAGAAAAGAAACAUACAAUAUAAUGAAUCGGUAUUUAUGAGGGUUAAGUUUGCAUUAUAGCUUUAAAAGGGUGUUUUUGAAUACUUGUCUAGUUUCCUAGGACUCUCUGCGGAUUUCCUUUUAGAAAAAUGGAUGAGUCUACUAAAACAAUCCUUAAAAGAAAUGCCCUGGAAACAAGAAGAAGAUGAAAUAAUGAUUGAAUUAAGGAAGUAUUGAUUAAUAUUAAAGAAAGAUAAUACCCAAACAAAGGUUGGACUUAUAUAGCGAAAGAAUUUAAUCGAAAAACUAAAAAUAUAAGGUAUUAAAAGUAGAUACGCGAAAGGUAUAAUAAUGUCAUUAAUCCAAAUAUAAAUAAGUAAAUCUUAAUUAUAUUCAAUAGAAAGCCAUUCACUCAUUAAGAGAAAUAAUUAAUCAUGCUGAAAGCUUACUAAUUAAAGAAGAAUUGGGCAGGUAUCUCAAAAUUAAUGCCAGGACGCACUGAUAAUAAAAUUAAAAACUGUUAUAACUCAAUAGUCAAAAAAAUUGCAAAAAAAAUACAUUUUGUAUGUCUCAAAUAUAUCUUAGGAUAAAGCUAAUCCCAAAUAAGAGUAACUAAUUUUAGAAUAUAUAUAACAAUACAAUACUUAUGAACCUGAUGAGUUAGCUAAUCAGAUAGAUUUAGAUUAAAAAAAUUAAAGUCUUAUCAAAGUUGAACAUGUUAAUGAAAACUCCAAUACCUCUAAUAAUCAGCAUAAUAUCUCCCCUUUUAUCCCAAGUCUUUAGCCAUUACCAAUCAUAUAUGGCCAUUAUUAUUAGAACUUAUAUUAACCUUAAUAUAUUGGAUAUCCUAUUUAUUUUUUUAAAAAAGCUGAAACAAGACAAUUAUGA